CUAAAAUAGGUAUCAUACGUACAUUCGCGAAUCAACAAGGUCUCUGCUACACACGAGUCGACAACAAUAUUAUACUAACGAUCGUGGCAGUUGCCAGUCGUCGUCUGAAUACUAAUUUUGUGAUUUCAUCUUUAGUGUCUGUUUAAGUAGCGGCAAAGCGGUCAUAUUAAUUAAAGAAAAUGCCAUCACAAGGGAUGAAGCCCAUUCCAUUGGAGGAUGAGUACAGUAAAAACACCGGUAUCACACCGGAGGACAUCGCUAAACUGCGGCAGUGGUUGAAAACACAGCCACAUUUACCAGAACAACACAUCACAGAUUUGGACCUUAUAUUAUCAUUCCACUGCUGCAACCGAAGUGCCGAGCUCGCAAAACAAGUGCUGGACCUCAACAUUACGCUUCGAACUCUCUUCACUAACUAUUUCAAGGAUAGAAAAUUUGACGCUGAUAUUGAAAAAACUGUCAAUUAUGUCUCCAUGUCAAUUCUACCUACGCGGACGGCCGAAGGCUACGCGAUAUUGUAUUGCCAUCUCUUGAAUUACGACACGAAGCCAUUUAAUUUUGGACAAUGUUUGAGGACGGUGUUUAUGAUUUUAGACAUUUUUCAAAUGGAAGAAGGUACUUGGCCGGGACUACAGCUUGUCAUAGAUUUUGAGGGAGUCAGCUUGGGACAUAUAACUAAGCUAGAGUUGCUAAACAUACAGCAAUUCCUUUAUUACCUUCAGGAAGCAAUCUUGGUUAAGCUAAAGGGGCUACACUUCACAAAUGCGCCAUCUUUUAUUGACAAGCUGCUGCUCAUGAUGAAGCCAUUCAUGAAGAAGGCGCUUAUGGAUAGUUUGUUUAUCCACACCACCGGUUCUAAGACGCUAGAAAAGUAUAUACCUAUUGAAGCCCUGCCUAAGGAAUCGGGAGGACAAUACAAAACCUUCCAAGAAAUCAAAGAUGACGUUCUAGAAAAGUUGCGGGAUUACAAGGAAUACUUCGAGAACGAAAACAAAAGACGUGUGACCGAAUCCCUCCGACCCGGGAAGCCGAAGACGAUAUCAGACAUAUUCGGUGGUGUCGAAGGCUCGUUCAAGAAAUUAGAAAUCGAUUGAUUUAUAGCAUAUAUUCCCUACUAUGACCCCUUUUGAGGUUUUCAGGGGGCAACAGAGGACCCAGAGAAGUUAAUUGAGAUGGUACAAGAGGGAAUUUUUCAGAUUGAUGUUUGUAAGGUGUAUUGUGUAAAGUAUCCAGAUGUUAUAAAAGAUGUCAAUGGUUAUAGUCACAAAGUUAGAUGCAAAAUUGAGUGAACAUUUUUUUUUAAAGCUUAAGCGUACGUACGUAGUAAAUUGCGCGUUUAUUAAAGAUAUAUUCUCGGUAACGUGUGGGCAAAAUAAGUGAGAUUUGGGAACCUAUGAUUAAAAGUAAUUCCCACUUAAGUGUUUCAUAUAAGAUAAGAAAACAAUUAUACAGGGUACUGGGGAGUAUUUCCCAUAACUUUUGGUUGACGAGUCCACAUAAAGGAGCCGAACUGCAUAACUAAUAUUGUUUUUACUAAAAAAAGAUUUUUUUAAUGUUUUCAUACGAAGUAAUUCAAAUAAUUCCGACUAUCCAUGUAACACAAGCCUCUAUCUAUCCUUGCAUUUUAAAGUUUGGCUACAUCAUAAUUUUAAGGAUGCGUAUAUGCGACAUACUUUAAGAUCUAUUUACAAAAGAAAUCACUCCAUAAAUAUUAAUUUUAGAACACAUGUUCUUUGAACAUUUUAAAUUGACUUUCGGUAAAGAAGACCCCCAGAGAUGUGGGAAAUACUCCCGAGCACCCUGUAUAGCACUGUAUAAAGCAGUGCCAAUUUACAUAUAGGUAUAUAAAGGAGAUGGUCCAAAAUUGUAUGCAGCCCAGUAUCAGUCAUUGUACCUUGGCGGAAAUAAAAGAAAAUAUUUUUUUUAAUAUUUUUGAUUAUACAAAUCUACGAAUUUACUUGAAUUCUUUCGAAAUAAUAUUCAUUCUCUCCCAAGCAAUGCAACAAUAAUAUGGAUAAUAAUGGCGGAUUGAUGACGUUUUCAAUGCAGUAGUCGAUUUGACGUUUGCUGUCAAUUGUCAUGUCAUAGUUGCUCUAAAGGGUGCCAUCUUGAUUUAUCUCAAAAACUUGGGUUUUAAUAAAAUCCUUGUAUUUUUUAAUUUUAAUGAUACAUUGUAAAAGAGUGGACCUUAAAUGGACCAUCUCCUUUUGCACAAAAAUAAUUGGAUUGCGCAGCAAAGUUUGCCAAUGCCAGGUCAGGUUAUAGUUGUAGUCGAAAUAAAACAACAUUGUUUGAUUAAUUUUUUAUUCACUACAAUAUGUAAAAUGGAUAAAAAUCAAAUACAGUAGAAGCUUCUUAUUCACGCUUCCUUUAUUCACGUUUUCACUAUUCGCGGAUUAAAAAAUUGUGACCCAAUUCCUAUAUUCGCGGCUAAAUAUUUCGUUAUUCGCGGAUCUGACUGUCGAAACUGACGUAAAAUCUGAAAAAUAAAAUUUUAACUUGCAAAUACCUAUUGCCGAAAUUGCGAAAAUGUCUUUAUAUAUUUGUUUUUUAUUUUGUCAGCUAAGAACGUAUCCCAUAGAAUCCUAUAUAAAAUACCAUUCCAUAUUCACGGUUUCUGUAUUCGCGACACAUUAAGAGAACGUAUCCCCCGCGAAUAAUGAGCUUUUACUGUACAUUACUUUAUAGGUAGGUAUAUUGAGCUAAUAGCUUAAGAUGCUCUUUCGCAAUGGUUAAAUGCAAAAGGUGGGUACUGGGUAAGUAGAUCAUAAUAAUAAUUACUUUAGAUAUAAUUUAAAGUAAACGGGUAUGUUAGAAAGAUUCUCGGACAAACCAAAGAGUACAUUCUGUGUCCAGUAUAGUCCGUUAUCGCAUCCAGCGUCCAACUUUGGACCCAUUAAGGGCCUUUUGGACGUUUCCCCUUUAAUGUUAUUUUUAAUUUUCUAAUGUUAACAUUACAAUGUUACGUAUAAAAUAUUCAAUAUAAAAAUAAAUAAUUAUCAUAAAUAUAUAAAA